CUCUCUGUCAAAUAAAUAAAUAAAAUCUAAAAAAAAAAAAAAAAAAGUACAUUAUGACCAUGCGUAGUAGGAAUGCAAGGAUCGUUUAACAUGAGAACAUCUGUUGAUGUAACUCACUACAUUGACAAAGUAAGAAAAAACAGGGCAUUCAGUAAAAUUCUUAACACCCUUUAGUAAUGAGUUCAUACUAGUUCUUAGCAAACUAGGAUGGAGGGGGGCCUGCCUUAGCCUAUGAAAACAUUUUUAAUAGAAACCAGUAGCCUUCACUUAAUAGUGAAAUGAGAUAAGAAAGCCUAUUAUCAGUACUUCAUUUUUAUACUGGAGGUCCUCCUAGCCAAUGCAAUAAAAUAAAAAGAAAUGAGUUAUACAAUUUGGAAAGUUAAGGAUAGUUUUGUCUCCAUGUGGAGUCUAUAUGGUUAUCAACAUAGAGUAACCAAGAGAAUCUACACUAUUAGAACUAAGAGAUCAAUAUAGUAAUGUUUCUGUGUACCAGUAACUAAUUAGAGAAGUAAUAGAAGAAAAAGAAAUUCUGAAAAAAAUAAAAGACAAAUAGAAAAAAAAAAUCAGAAUUUUUAGUCACUUGGGAAUACGUCUAACAAGGUUGUGGGAAACCUUUAUAGAGGAUAAUUAUAAAACAAGUAUUGAAGUACAUGAAACCUUGAUAAAUGGAAUGUGAUGCCAUGUUCAUAGGUAGAAAGACUCCGUGUCAUAAAGAAGCUAACUCUCCUCAGUUUGUAAAUUCAGAGCAAUUCCAAUUAAAGUCUCAGUUUUCCUGUAUGGAUCUUCAGACUAUCUUCAGUUUUACAAGGAAGAACAGGAUCAAGAAAAUGCUGACCUACUAUAUCGAACCACUGAUUUAUAGGAAAUACCACGAACGAAGGAACAAGUUCAGCUAUGUUACAGAGGACCUGAAGCGGCAGAAUGCGGUGUUGCAGGCGGCGCAGGACGACCUGGGGCAGCUGCGCACGCAGCUGUGGGAAGCCCAGGCAGAGGUGGAGAACAUCAAGGCCAUCGCCACGGUCUCGGAGAACACCAAGCAGGAAGCAAUCGACGAAGUGAAAAGACAGUGGAGAGAAGAGGUCGCCUCGCUUCAGGCUGUGAUGAAAGAGACCGUCCGCGACUACGAGCACCAGUUCCACCUCCGGCUGGAGCAGGAGCGCGGCCAGUGGGCGCAGUACCGCGAGUCCGCCGAGCGGGAGAUCGCCGACCUGCGGCGGCGGCUGUCCGAAGGCCAGGAGGAGGAGAACCUGGAAAACGAGAUGAAAAAGGCUCAAGAGGAUGCUGAAAAGCUUCGGUCUGUUGUGAUGCCCAUGGAGAAGGAAAUCGCGGCUCUGAAAGACAAACUGACAGAGGCUGAAGACAAGGUUAAAGAGCUGGAGGCCUCAAAGGUUAAGGAACUGAAUCAUUAUCUGGAAGCUGAGAAAUCUUGCAGGACUGACCUGGAGAUGUACGUGGCUGUUCUGAAUACUCAGAAAUCCGUUUUACAGGAAGAUGCCGAGAAACUGCGGAAGGAAUUGCAUGAAGUGUGCCAUCUCCUGGAGCAAGAGCGACAGCAGCACAACCAGCUGAAGCACACGUGGCAGAAGGCCAAUGACCAGUUUCUGGAGUCUCAGCGUCUGCUCAUGCGGGACAUGCAGCGCAUGGAGAUGGUGCUCACGUCGGAACAGCUGCGGCAGGUGGAAGAGCUGAAGAAGAGAGACCAGGAGGAAGACGAACAACAGAGAUUUCACAAGAGGAAGGACCACGACGGAACAGAGGUUGAGGAGGAGGCAAAAGCCGCGGCUGUGUGUGCUUUCACGCACGAGGAGUCUCCGGCCCAGCUGUCGAAUGAAGAGGAGCAUUUAGAUAGCGCCCACGGGUCGGUGCACUCGCUGGAUGCGGACUUACUGUUGCCGUCUGGAGACCCGUUCGGUAAAUCGGAAACAGACGUGUUCAAAGACGGACUCAGGAGAGCACAGUCUACCGACAGCUUGGGAACCUCAGGCUCCCUGCAGUCCAAAGCUUUAGGCUAUAACUACAAAGCAAAAUCUGCCGGAAACCUGGACGAAUCGGAUUUUGGACCGUUGGUCGGGGCAGAUUCGGUGUCUGAGAACUUCGAUACUGCUUCCCUGGGGUCCCUGCAAAUGCCAAGCGGGUUCAUGCUCACCAAAGAUCAGGAGAGGGCGAUCAAGGCCAUGACACCCGAGCAAGAGGAGACCGCGUCGCUCCUCUCCAGUGUCACCCAGGGCGUGGAGAGUGCUUACGUGUCCCCCAGUGGUUACCGCCUGGUCAGCGAGACCGAAUGGAACCUCCUGCAGAAAGAGGUGAAGAAACUGCAGGCGAUGCUGAGGCAGGCGAAUGAGCAGCUGGAGGGGACGGCGAGGGAACGGCAGGAGCUGGAGGGCGCUCUGAGUCGCAGCGCCCAGGACGCCGGCCACCAGAUCUCUGCACUCGUCCUAAGAGCCCAGGCGUCUGAGAUCUUACUUGAAGAGUUACAGCAGGGGUUUUCCCAGGCAAAAAGGGAUGUUCAGGAGCAGAUGGCGGUGCUGAUGCAGUCGCGGGAGCAGGUCUCAGAGGAGCUGGCGAGGUUACAGAAAGACAACGACAGUCUGCAGGGAAAGCAUAGCUUGCACGUGGCCCUGCAGCAAGCGGAAGACUUCAUUCUCCCAGACACUGUGGAGGCGCUGCGGGAGCUGGUCCUCAAAUACCGAGAGAGCAUCGUGCACGUGCGGACCGCGGCCGAGCACACGGAGGAGAAGCUGAAGGCUGAGAUCCUGUUCCUGAAAGAGCAGAUUCAGGCGGAGCAGUGCUUAAAAGAGAACCUGGAGGAGACCCUGCAGCUGGAGAUAGAAAACUGCAAGGAGGAGCUAGCUUCCAUUUCUAGCCUAAAAGCUGAACUAGAGAGAAUAAAAGUGGAAAAGGGACAGCUGGAGGCCACCCUGGGGGAGAAGUCUCAGCAGCUCGAGGGCCUCCAGGAGAUGAAAACCACUUUGGAGGAACAGUUAAAGAGAGAGGCUGCUGCUAAGGCGACUGUGGAGCAGCUGAUGUUCGAAGAGAAGAACAAAGCUCAGAGGCUGCAGACGGAGCUCGACGUCAGUGAGCAAGUCCAGAGAGACUUCGUAAAGCUUUCUCAGACCCUUCAGGUGCAGCUGGAGCGGAUCCGGCAGGCGGGCUCCCUGGAGCGGAUCCGGGCGAUCCUCAACGACACCAAGCUGACGGACAUCAACCAGCUCCCCGAGACAUGACACCCGAGCGGGACGCCGGCCUGCACCCUGGGUUUUUAACUCCUCUUAGAGCAACAUUAAUUAUUAUUUAACUCUUAACCGAAGAAGUCACAAGAAAGGGAGCCCGGAGCGAUGCUUGCUUCUGGUGGGACAGGACGCUGCGGCGCGGGAGGCGUGCGCGCAAGGACUUUCCUGUGGGGACAGACGGACACACUGGACUCUGGGGGGGUGGGGUCCGCUUGGUGACGGAGGAAGUGCUGCUUUAUCCAACGUUUUCCUGCCUUUAAAGCAACAUCCCAAUCGUGUUUGGAAUUACAUUUUCUGUUCCUAGAUCUCGGAGGAGAGCCUUUCCUGUUUGUUGUCUCGAGUUCAGCAGUAACCGUAUUCCGCUAGCAGACAGAGGUGUAGUGUGCUGUACGAGUAUUUUAUAUUAAAAUAUGAAGUUCGCGAGCAGGCCAUCGGCUAGGGAGUGUAUCGCUCAGCUCAGUGCAUUUUCUUUCUUUUUUACCAUUUUAUCUUGCGUUGGAGGACCUUCAAUGCGACCGAGACUUGCCCGAGACCCACAGGACGGGGCGACGCCACCGAUGCAGGUGCUGGAUCAGUUGUGAGACUGAAAGCGUGGCGGGGCGCCCUGCAUCGGAAGCCGAGGUUCGAGGAAAAGCACAAGAGACCGCGGAAGCACUUUUCUGCCCCCCUCCCCGGACGCGCUCUGCGGGCCCACAGGUACCAGGGUUGAGCUGAACGGGCACGUCUGCUCUUUUGAAAACUGUUUUAGUUUAGUUAUUGGAUCAGUGGAGAAAACAAUAUUAAUAAAACAAGCUAUGUCUGACAUCUAGUAUAAGCUUCUAAAUCUGCUCAUUUCCACCUCGAGUCCAUGGGCCUCUGAGCCUUGUUUCUGAUCAUCCCAGACAGAUGCCUAGUUUGUCUUUCCCUUUUCUGAGCUCGGUGUGGCAUGCAUACUGCCCGUGGGGGCCCCUGGGAAAGGCUGUUGGGGUCGCCACCAGGCCAGAGCCCUGCUGGUCGUGUCCGUUGAGGUCAGACCCCUCCCCUCCAUGCAGAAAGCUCGGUGAGCAUGAGGUGCCGGGCUCCCCCGCGCGUCAGGAAGCACAGGGACCGGGCUCGUGCUUACUGGCGGCCGGCUGGAGCCCUGCACACAGACGUGUCCUCAGGUGACCCUCGUGCUCAGCGCCGCGCAGCGGUAGUGACUGGAUGACGGAGACUGGCUCAGCCACGGUCGACUUAGGGUUCAGAGUGGGUGGUCUUGCAGGAUGGGGCUAGCCCAAAAAAUCUGUCCCCCAAGGACAAGAAGAGGUCUACAUCCCUCAUUCCUUGGGCCCCUGGUGCAGUUCUGUCAUAAUUACGAAUUUAACAGUAAGUACGAAUUACGGAAAUAGGGCUCUAGGCCCACCACGCAUGAAACAUUGUUAGUCGGUUUAAAGUUUCUCUGUAUAACAAGUGCUACUUGGUUUGGAGAAAGGAACCUGCAUCCUCACUGAGUUACAGGAGUUUCAGUACGUGCAUGACGAGCCGCAGGCGGAUUUCAGAGGACUGCAGCCGGGUCGUAACCUUCCUGAACGGCCUCCACCCGCUCCCGGUGAAUGCCGGCACCUCGCAGACCGUUUCCUCCGUCUGGAACCGACGGCGGUCCGCCGCGGAACCCAACUGGGGGAGCCUGGCCGGGAACAUGCUAGAGGAACCCCAGCAGAGACUCCUGGUUCUGCUCAGUGUUUCUCGUGUGAAACCACAGAGACGCUACCCGUGGAGGAAGCACUUCUAGAAACCGGGUUGUCUGAGAGACAGGAAGCGGCCGAGGAGGUGGGGUUCUGCCCCCGCAGACAAAGGACAGGCCGGCUGGGUUCCCCGCGCGUCCGUGCGCUCGCACGGCUGACCCGCCCUCUCACCUGGAACCUCCUUCCCUCCUGGCUUUUCCGCGGCGGUCACAGCCGUGUCCACCUUCUAGAACUCACACUGGAGGGUGCGAGAGAUGACCUGACGCUGAGGACAACCCCGCGCCUGGCGAGGCUUCUCUCACACUGACGUCUGACGCACCUGGUGCCCGUCGGGGACCGCGCGCAGCCAGCGCCGCUCUGGAGGGUGGUCCUGCCUGUUGGUGGCCCCUGCCUGGCUCUGAGCGGGCCUCGGGGGUGAUCGUGUGACUGCACUCGACACGUGUCCUCGAGAAAGUGUUGGCGUUAAUCAGCCGCUGCCUCGUUCAGUCCUGGGGUUCUGGACGCUACCGUGUUGGCUGAGCACGGAGACGCGGGACGGUUUGGAACGAUCCUAGUUCCUUGCUGAACACAAUCCUAAACUUCAGCUUAAAUACAAAGUACGUUCCAACUUCAAAUAACAGCAUUUAUUAAUUACAAAACCAGUAUGAAAGACCAAUCACCAGGGCCCAGUUCACCGACAGCGCCGCCGCGAAAGGUAGGUGAGGCCACCUGUCGGAGCCUCCGCCGCCUCGCCCCCCGGGGACCCGCUCCCCGUGCACUCAGAAGUUGACGUGGUUUCGGAUAUCAUUGAUCUGCUUCACCAUCUCUCUUAUGUGUUCGCCCCUGUAAGAUCAUAAAGUCACUCAGUUCCGGGGACGCAAGGAACGAACAAGGACGGCGUUAACGCUCGUGCUUGAGGAAUUAAGCGGUGACGCUCAAGUGUGCGGGAAAUGCGCCGCCGAAGCGAACCGCGCGAGGUUUCCACGCAGCGCCGUGGGGCUCGCUGCCCGGGGGCCCCGGCGGCCACGCGACACGGUCGCGUCUCUGCUCCUCCACCAUCCUCUGCCCCUCGGUCCCCGGGACCCGUGAACGCGGGCGGCGCGGCGGGCGGCACUUACUCCUCCUUCAGGACGGACUGGAUGCAGCGGCGCUGGUAGGCGCUGAGCGCGAUGGCGGGCUUCUGCGGGCUCAGCACCUUCUCCAUCUUCCGCUGCUGAUAGUCCUUCUUCAUGGCGACCUCGAGUGUCAGAACACGGGCCACGGUUCGCUGCGCGCCCGCCGCCCCUCGGACGGACGGCGCCCGCCGCCCCGCGCCCCGGCCUACCUGCUUGAUGGCGUUGCCCAGGUGCCGCAGCUGCUCAGGGAUCAGCUGCAGCUCCUUCUUCAUGUCCCUCUCGCUGUCGGACAGAACCGGCAGCUGAGUGUGGAACUGGUGCAGCACGGUCUUCAUCCUGGAGCGAGCCGGGCGGGCGUCGGAGGCCGCGGGGCGCCGGGCGCGCCCGAGCCCCGGUCCUCGAGCCCGGCCCUGUGCCCCUGCGGGCCGGGCCGGGGCUCCCCGCGCUGUCGCCCCGACGCCUCCCGGCGCGGGCAGCACCACCCCUGCCCCAACACGCUCAGUACCCGAGGGCUCGGACCGGAACGAUCGCGGCCACUGACCUGUUCAUGAGAUCCUCCUGUUUCUCCUUGGCUUCCUCGUAUUUGUCGGCCAAGCGCUCCGCCAUUUCCCGGAGGCUCUUCCUAACGGCAGAAACCCAGGGGCGCUCGGGCUGCACCCGGAGGGCGGGGCCCAGGGCGCGCUUCUGCGUCCGCGUGUUUGAGCCCCAGCCGCGGCCGCGUCCCCCGCUCGCUGGGGCACUUACCUCUCCUCGCGGCAGUAACUGAGGUCCUCCAGCUGUUUCUUCUUUUGGUCACAUAACAGCUUGACCCUGGGGGGACACGGAGCCUCAGCAGAAGCCGGGCCGCGCCGGGCCGCCGGCGGGUGCACGCGGGCGCGGGGCCGGGGUACCUGCGCUGGAUCUCCUCCUUGGCCAGGUCCUGCUUCAGGAUGUACUGCUCCCGGAACACCUGCGUGGCCCUGCUCAGCAACUGCAGGCAUUCCUCCGGGGCGGGGGCCGCGUCCCCGUCGGACGACCUGGGAGUGGAGCGUCUGCCGUGACUCCCCGUCUGCCCCGCAGCCCCUCCCCCUGCGCCUGUCCACCCCCCACCCCGGCACCCCGACAGCCCAGGCGCCGAUCCCCGCACGCCCAGCACGGCAGGACGUGGGAGACGAGCCUGCGGAGGACAGAGGACGGACAGGAGUGAUGAACACGGGGACGGGAGCCCGGUAAAACCUGGACGCCCAGAGCUCGUACUUCAAAAAGGCGGGAUUUGCAACACUACGUUGCAAAAUGCUUCUGAUGUGCUUUUCGAAAGAAUCCGGGCUCUCGGCCAGAAUGCGGAGGGGAGACUCCGCCGCUGCCACGUCUUCUCGGGUGCAGAGCAGGGGAGGAGACGCCGGGUGGACCGUGCUCCUGCAAGACACGGACGCGACCCAACGCCGUCUACCGCGGGCUCACCGGCUGCGAGCCCCGCGGGAGCCCCGUCCACGCGCAGCUGUGAGAACGCGACGAACUGGACAGCGUGGACAGCGCGUCUCCCGUGAGAGGGCGAGACUGCAGCUCUCUGCCCUGAAGGUCACCUUGGGGAAGCCGUCCCCCUAGUCCACCAACGCUGCCACGUGUCCCCGCGUGUCGGGACGGGAUCUUCCCAAUAAAGACGUUGAGCUGACAAAGGCAGCCCCCGAAUACAAAUUCAUCAUGGGCUCUGGUGACGUCCGUGAGGGCAGAGACCGUGUCUGUCACACAGUCUCGAGCACCGGACAGCUUUGUCACGUGAAUAAACCGUGCCUCUCCCACGUGUGAUUUUGCAUCUGCUCCGACGGAGGGAUUCUCCCAGCGGGAUGGUCAAGCGUGUGGGGCACGAGGGCACUUACAGCAAGGGCCUUAUGAGGCACUCGUAGGUGCUGGUGACGCAGACCAUCGUGGGCCCCAGGAUGUCGGGCACGAUCCAGAAGCCCCGGAUGGGCGCCGGCUGCCUGCAACAACAGGUCGCAGGGGCUGAUGCUCGGCCGGGACGCGCCGCCCCUGCAGGAGCGUAGAGCUGGGGACUGGAAGGCCGCCAUGCUGAGAGCCUGGAGGCCGUCGGGACAGGAGCCACCGGCUGCUGCCGGCUCGCACGCCAGGCCCGGCCUGGCGUGAGCGCUCGCGGACGCUCAGACCGCACAGGAGGCGAGCGUCCAGCGCCCAGCGCUCCUGCACCAGCUCGCAGGCCUUCACCCACGGUCUCCAGCCCCCGCCCUGUCCCGCCCGCGGGGAGGCGGAACUGGGUCCUGGCAGGGCCGGCGGCCCAUCCGCUCGCGCCGCCCGCCGCUGCCCUUAAGCACAACCCUCCUUCCGGGCGGCUUCCCCCUCUUCUGGGAGGGGAGACGGUGCGGGGCUCUGGGAGUGAAAAGGCCUGUUUUCAGGGUGAAGCCUGCACCUGGGGAGCAAGAAGCUGUGACCGCGACCAGGCCCGGAGCAAGGACGCUGCAGGAACUGCAGCCUCCGGGUGACCCCCCUGCUCACAAGCUCCCCUCAGCCCCGGCCCUGCGGGAAGAAAUCGCUAUCCUGACUUGGUGCUUGGCGAUUAAAAAUCUGUGGAUUCACACCUAAGCGACACGGUUUAAUUCUACCUGUGUGAGAAGCAUAUACAAAUGGGACUUACUCCCUGUUUCCCCCUUUCACUUUCUGACCCAGCAGGGCCUUCCCUGCGCGUCUCCCAGAGCCCCCAGCCCGUUCUGCCCGUCUGGAGCCUUCCCUGCUCGCCGCUGCUCUGCGGUCACCCCCAGGACCUCCCCCCACCCCGCGGCUGGGCUCCAGACGCUCAGGCCUCCUGCCCCAUCGUGCGCCCUCCCCCGCGCUCCGUCCCCGCGGCCCGGCUCCCACACCCGCACGCCCCCCGUCCGCCCGAACCCACCCUUCCUCCUGGGCCCGUGUGCGGACGGCAGGACAGCGAUGCAGUGACCCCAGUAAGGGCUGGGAGUCAUUCUAGGUAGUUCCCUUCAUUCACCGAACGUCCACGGACCAUGUGUCCCUUGGCCAGAAACGGGGCGCAAGACAGUGUGACACAGACACGGUCUCUGCCCUCACGGACCUCACCCUAAACCCCAACUUCAGUACGUGUGACCGAGAGGGAACCAGGCAGACGGGGGCCCGGGAGCCCUCGCUGAAAACCUGACGUGAGCUCGGGGUCACACACGAGGACAAGUGCUCGCGAGGGGACGGCAGCAAACGGGGCGGAGCGCACAGUGUGCGGGCGGCCCGACCCACGGCCCCUCGGGUCAGCUGUCGUGUCCGCCGGGGGGCGACUUGAGUUCGGCUGGGACCGGGACCCGAGCGUGGGCAGACGCGGCCUUACCUGCAGGGCAGCGGCUUCGUGCACAGGAUGUGCUCCACGAAGCACUUCUGCUCGGCGCCGAGCUCCUGCAGACUGUCCUUAUCUUCCUCGUCUGCGGGGGGAGGGGCGCACCAGGUCAACGGCCGCGCGGCCCCGGGCACCAGCUGGACGCAGCCAAGUGCCCGCCUCGGACCGCGCCCUCCUGGCACGGGGCUCCCGGCCCAGCAGGGAGAGUGGGCUUUCCCCGGUCGGCUGCGGGAACGCGGGCGUGUUCCCGGCCGUGGUUCCGGGGCGGCCGCCGCCUCACGCACGCCUCGCGUGCCUCGGCGGGUUCUGCAACGGCUUUCCGAAAUGUGAUUGACAGCGGCCCACAGCCCACCACUUACGGUGUGUAACUCCAGGGGGUUUGCUGCACAAAUUGUACACCCACCACCACAGAGAUUUUAAAAUCUUUUCACGAGGGGCGCCUGGGGGGGCUCAGUCGUUGAGCGUCUGCCUUCGGCUCAGGUCAUGAUCCCGGGGUCCUGGGUCGAGCCCCGCGUCGGGCUCCCUGCUCCGCGGGAAGCCUGCUUCUCCCUCUGCCUCUGCCCCUCCCCCUGCUUGUGCUCUCCCGCUCUUUCAAAUAAAAAAUCUUCAAAAAAAACCCAACUUCAUUACCCAGAAGGAAGCCGCACACUCCUGAACGAUCACGCGAGUUUGGCCAAUGGCCCCAGGCCACCGCCACCACCCUCUGGCCUUCCCCCUCGGCGCACCUGCCUGCCCUGCACCGUCCCUGCACGUGCGCGGAGUCGGCGACAGGUGGCUGUCUGGGCGAGGCUCCCUGUGCCGCAGCCUGAGUCGGCGCCUCAUCCGUCCUACUGUGGGCGGACACUCCGUCCGAUGGCUGGAUCGCUGCCCGAUCGGCGGUGACAGACACACGGCCGUUUGGCUCUCACGAGGACACUGCUGUGAACGGCUGCUUACCGUGUUUGUGUGGACACGCGCGCGUGCACCGGGCAGCGGACCGCGGGGUCAGGCCGUCAGUCUGUGCGGGUCGCCUGGGGCACGGCCAGACUGUUUCCCUCGGUGCGGCACCACGUCGCGUGUCCGCAAGCCCUGUGCUGACCCCCCUCGCCAGGACCGGUUCUGACGGGCGUGAAGUCGCACCCGGCGGUCGUGUGGCGUCUCACCUCCAGGACUCCUGACACGGGACGUGGUCUCAGGCGCUACUGGCCGUCUGCACCUCAUCGGAGGAACAAGGUCUACUCAAACCCUCUGUCCUGUUUUGAACUGGGCUCUUGCCUUCACGUUGCUCAUUUCUACAGGCCCCUUUCGUAUUCUAGCUGCAAGUCCGUUACCAGACAGGGAUUUGCACUUACUCCCAUCCCGGGGAUUGUCUUUUCACUCCCGUAACAGUGUUUUCUUCUGAGAGGUGUAUAGUUUUAGUUCUGCGAUCCAUUUUGAGUCAUUCUUGCGUUACGGUGUGAGGAAGGGGUCCAAUUCCGUCCUGUCGCAGGUGCACGCACACGUGUCCCAGUGCCACUGGUCAAAAAGACUGCUCUCCCCGCGCUGAUCUCUGUUGGCGCCUUUGUGGAAACCAACUGGACUCUCCACCCCGUUCCAUCGACCUAUGCGAAUCUCCUUAUGUCAGCAUCACGCUGUCUGCGGUGCCGGACCUUUUGUAAGAAGUUCUGAAAUCGGCAAGUGUGGGUCCUCCAACUUUGUUCUUGUUUUUCAAGACUGUUGUGGCUAAUCCAGGCCCUUGGAAUUCCAAAUGAAUUUUAGGAUCAGCCUGUCAAUUUCUGCAAAUUCUGACAGGGAUGGCAUUGGGUCUGCACAUCGACUUAGCGAUUAUUGCCAUUUAACAAUACUAGGUUUUCUGAUCCAUGAACGUGGGGCAUUUUUUAUUUAUUUAGGCUUAUUUCUUUCAGUAACAUUUUGUAAUUUUAAGCCUAUGUUUUACACUUUUAUUAAAUUCGUUCUUAAGCAUUUUCUUUUGAAGCUACUACAAACGGGGCUGUGUUCUUAUUUUUCUUUUGGCUUAUUCACUACCAGUGCACAGAAACAGAUGUUUGCACACUGCUCUUGUAUCGUGCGAGCUCUCUGAAACCUUUAUUAGUACAAACGCUUUUGUAACGGGUCCCCUAUGAUUUACUGUAUAAAAGCUCACAUUGUCUGAAGAGGGGUUCAGUUCUUCCUUUCUAAUCUUGAAGCCUUUUAUUUCAUUUUCUGGGCUAGUUUCCUUGUCUGCCAGCUCAACACUGUUGAACACGAGGGGCAAGAGCAAUGUGCUUGUGCUUCAGAUCUUAAGGGAAAGUGUGGAAGGCAGAACUUGUAAACAGCCAAACUGGAUAUUCAGCGGAGGUUUGCUGAGCCGAAGUCAAGAGUCGGACUCUCAAUGGACUGAGCCACCCAGGCGCCCCAAUUCUAAACGACUUUUUGAUAGAAUCUGUGAAACAUACUGAAAAGUACAAAAAACUCACCUGACCCAAGAAACUUGUGAAGUUUAUGAAUCCAAGUGAGCCCAACGCUGUGCACACCGGCCUCGUGAGUACAGUGGUAUCUGGAGGGACACUUGGGAUCUGCAAACGGAACCAUGAACGAUACGACAGCAGUCGUUAGAACACGGACAUUCACCCCAGAAGCCCGCAAACACGUGUGUGGACAGAAGUGACAGACAGACGGUCUGCAGGUCCUUCCCACUGUGCUAUUGUGUCAGGGCUUUUGAAACUUUAAAACCUGAAUUCAAUUUUCAAAUAUAUUUUAAAUAUUUUUAAAAGCAAUAAACACAACCCCAAUAUUUCUCAACAGAAGAGUUCACCAAAACAUAUACUUGUCCACCUCUGGGCGUUUACUUGCAGUCCCUCAAAGUAAAAUGGGGCAGCUCUGCAGAAACAUAUGCGUCACUCCGCGAACGUACUCAAGCAAGUGCGUAAGUCACAGCCCGCCAGGACGACCGCGGACUCAGCAGUCCCAACACCACGCGUCCACACAGGCGUGGGGUGUCACUUCUCAACAAUGUGGACUCACGGGUGGCUUUACGUUUAAGUUUUAAUCCUUUUUUUUUAAUUCCUUAAGUAAGAUUACUCCCACCAUGGGGCUUGAACUUAUGUCCCUGAGAUCAAGAGUCACAUGCUCUUCCAAUUGAGCCAGCCGGGCGCCCCAAAUAAAUAUAUAUAUAUUUGGAUAUAAUUCUUGUUUGACAAUCCUUUAUAUUUACUUAAUUUUUAAAAAGAUUUAUUUUAGAAAGCACGCACACAUACAUGCAGGAGAGAGGUGUGAGGGGGGAGAGAACCUCCAGCAGACUCUUCAUGAGCAUGGAGCCUCACGUGGGGCUCAAUCUCACGACGCUGAGAUCAUGACCUCAGCUGAAAUCAAGAGUAGGGCACCUAACUGACUGAGCCCCCAGGAACCCAGAGGAUCCUUUAUAGUUAUACUAAGAAAUAUGAAAAAUUGUUACGUAAUUUAGAUGAAAUCUCCUAUACUUCUUUCGAGCCCUAGUACCAGUGAGACUACCGGAGACUAAAAGAUGAGUUCCUAAAUAUUUAUGAAUAUUUAUCGCUGUGACUCAGUACUUUCAAAACAUUAAACAACUAAAACAAGAUACAGAAAUAAUUUACAUGCUAAAGCUGAUUUAAGAUGCAACUGUUGAGGGGUUGGCUCAGUCUGUGGGGCACGUGACUCUUGAUCUCAGGGUCAUGAGUUCAAGCCCCACUUUGGGUGUGGAGCCUACUUUAAAAAAAAAAAAGAAAAAAAGAUGCAAUUGUCAUCCAUAAGCCCCAGAUGAAAAUUUCCUCCUAACAGCCUUUCUUACUGUUGACUUCACAGUAAGUAAAUGUUGUGAAGUGAAUGUUAACAUUUUUUUCCUGUUUUAUAUGUUGGGGUUCUGCAUAACUACCCCCUGAAAACAGCAUUAUAGUAGUACAAAGUUUUAAAAAUCCUGGUGUAUGGCAGUCCUCUCCCUGAACAAUAAAAUAUUAAAAAGUUUCUUUUCAUCUGGCCAAACUGGAGACUUUAUCUCAGGCUCAAAUCAUCUCAUUAGGUCUACUGUUUCCAAUGGCUUUUCAAAAUGUGUCUGUGCUGAAGUCAAAAAAAAAAUCUCAGUGUUGGGAAAGAAACAGAAAUCUGUUACAAAAGAGGCAACAUUCAAAACUGACGUAGGAAUCUGUUAGACACCCUACUAUUCGGUGGCCACUCACGUCAUUAAAAAUCUGGGUACGUUUCAGUGACUGCAAUGUGCCCUAAGGACAAAUAUGAAUGAGUCAAAAAUUUACUAGUUUCACAUACGAAAUAUUAACUCUUGUUGGAAAAACCAAGAAAAGAAUGCCUCCAUUUAAGAUUUCCCAAAGACGGGGCACCUGGGUGGCUCAGUCAGUUGAGCGUCUGCCUUUGGCUCGGGUCAGGGUCCCAGGGUCCUGGGAUCGAGCCCCACAUCGGGCUCCCUGCUCGGCGGGAAGCCUGCUUCUCCCUCUCCCACUCCCCCUGCUUGUGUUCCCUCUCUCGCUGUGUCUCUCUCUGUCAAAUAAAUAAAUAAAAUCUUAAAAAAAAAAAAAAAAAAAAAAAAGAUUUCCCGAAGACCUAUUCUCUUUAUAAGGAAACCAAGCAAAGUGUGUCCCUUACCUCACCGGGUCCCAGUGUCGUCAUCGCUAAGUUGUGACCCCUACUGCUUGGACUGUCUAAUCAGACGUGCUCAGUGACUCCCCAUGCUGGCCUACCGCACGAGAACCACGAGCCCCGAACGUCUGCUGUCCUCUCUACAGAUCUGAACCCGAUCCCGUGGGCUGGCUCCAGGGCCGGUGAGCAGAGGAGCUCCUGUCUCUGCACGGGGCCCAGAAACCUGGAGGAGACCCCGAGAAGCAGUGGAAGGACAGUGGGAUCGCAGGGGCUUGUGUGAGAGGGCCUCCCAGGUCAUCUGAUGUCACCCCGACCGUUGCCAGGUGAGAAAACGGAGCCCAGAGGGGUUGACCGAACGCCCACUCAUGUCAGAACUGUGCCCAAACCCAGCCCGAGCCAGGCCCCUUCCACUCAGCCGCUCGGCAUCUCCACAGCACCAGCUUCCAGGGGCGCAGCAGUCUACCCAGAAGCUCCCCAGACAAACAGAGAAGCUGCCGGAAAGAUCUGGUACCAACCCAGGUAAAUUAAAAGAGAAAAAGAGAAAAAGGACAGCUUUCAAACUGGGUCUGGGAGUAACAAGAUACUAUGAUGUGUUCGAAAGUGAAGACCUGAAUCUUCACGGCAGCGUCUUACAAUUUGAAUUUUAAAAUUCCUUUUAAGGUUUAUUAAAGUUUGUAUACGUUUAGGUAUUUGAAUCAGGAAAUCAGCUUUCGACUGGACCAGGAAAAAUUCCCCACUCUCGAUCUGGGCGGAUCCAGACGGCAGACUAUCCGGACGCCUGGGAAAGCGGCUCAGCCCCUCGCGGCCCCGGAGUGGCGCGCGGAGCCCGGAAGGCGCUCGGGGCUCAGUCAGCCUUCCCGCGGCUGGAACCACAAGACCACGGCCGCUCCUAGCAGGUCGGGCUGGAAGUGAGGGCGCUGCCCACGUUACCUCUGUGCAGUUUGAUUGGACAAGAAAAGUCCGAAUCGAAGGGGUCGUCGUCCCCGGCGGCGAGCGUCAGGCCGAGCUCCAGCUCCACGCACUCGAACACGUACAGGGAGGGGACGAAGUCGGCCCUGGAGGCCCAGGACUUCUCCGACUAUGAAAGAAGCAGCAGCGUCUCAGGCGUUCGCGUUCAUCCACCCGACAGGACCCCCCACCUCGUGUCCUGACGAGGGGACAAAACGGCCUCUCUCGUGUCCGGCAGACGCGAACCAGGGUCCGAAGGGCCCAUGUAGGGGCCACACCUCGGGACGGGCGGUGACAGGGAGCCCCUCCCGCUGUCAGUGCCCGCACCCAACUCACUGUCUGGUCGUCCUCCUCCUCCCCUUCCAGCACAACGCAGUGAUACAGCACUCCCGACUCGGUGGCGAUCACCAGGAUGUUGGGGACGCAGGGCAGGCAGAGGAUGGCGCACGCGUCGUAGCCGUAGUUGUCUUCCGCCGCAGGGUGCAUGGGCAACGGGCCCAGCAGCUUCCCGACACUCCCGGGGCUGCGGGAACAGUGACACACGCGGGUGGGUGGCUCAGACCGCGCGUUCCUGCGGCCGGCCCACCCCGGCCAUGAACGUGGCGCCGGGCGGCCCCGAGGUCUCCACGCUCUCCCGCUCGACUCUCACCCCCGGUGCUUUGCGACUGCAGAGAAGUCUGCACCCAAGAAGACACGGACAACGUCUGAAGACAUUUUUGGUUGUCACCACGGGGGUGACGGGGGCGCUUACUGGUGCGCUGGGGCAGAGGGUGCUGAACGCUCCCCACUGUUCAGCUCAAACAUCACCAGUGCGGAGGCUGAGAAACCAGGCCCCAAAUCUAGGACGGUGCUUCCCUCGUCACGUCUCUAAGCUACCCAGUGACGACAGGCCCCAGGGAGACCCUCGCUGCUAAACCCACGGCCGCUUAGCUGCCCCGCGGCUGCACCUCAACAUCUGCACCAUCUGCCCCCGCUCCCCGUCUCUCCGAGCACACCUCUCGGGCCUUCUCUAACUUCUGUCCCUUGAAGACCGGCGCCCCCGCCCCACUCUGCACACCCACGAGAGCAUACUCAACCACGCCUGCUUCUAACGGCUGCCUAGACCCUGCACUGUCUCUUCAGGGCUUCAGACCCAAUGUCCACGUGGAGACAGUUACUGAGUGCUGGGGGGCGGCCCAAGGGACAGACAUUCAGCUGGGGAAGCAGACGUGUAGCCAGAAUUACCAUACGUGUGCUGAGUGUGACAACGCAGGAUUUACAGUGCGAGAGGAACACAGGGACAAAGACACUGAGGUAAGGGGCGCCUGGGUGCUCGGUCGGGUGAGCAUCCGACUCUUGAUUUCUGCGCAGGUUGUGAGACUGAGCCCCACAUGGGGCUCUCCGCGCUGAGCGCAGAGUCAGCUUGAGAAUGUCCCCUGCCUCUCCCGCUUGUGCUCUCCCCCUCUCUAAAAUAAAUAAAAUUUUUUUCCUUAA